CCAUAGAGGACUCUCUCACUCUCUUUUUCUCACUGAUCUCAUUUUCUCUCUCUACUGUGCGAUGUAGGAACAAAGAUGUGAUUGGUUAAGGAGGAAGAGGGAGGGGCUGUCAGACAUAACAUGUGGUAGGAGGGUUUGAACUAGUAGAAAGAGAGAGAUGCAGGAAUAGGGAACUACAUAGUUGUAAGACUGCAAAGAGUGAGUGAGAGAGAGAGAGAGAGGGGCUGUGAGAGAGAGAGAGAGAGAGGGCAGAGAGAGAGAGGGAGGGGCUGAGAGAGAGAGGGAGGGCAGAGAGAGUACAUAAAGUACAUGAAGUUUGGUAUAUAGUUCCUAUAAGUAGAGAAGAACGGAGAAAGUUACAGACUUGGACAGACAACAUUAUAUCAGGACCUAUAGACACCUGGAGAGAAAACAGCAUUAUAUCAGAACCUAUAGACACCUGGACCAACCUGUAGAGAACACAACAUUAUAUCAGGACCUAUAGACACCUGGACCAACCUGGAGAGAACACAACAUUAUAUCAGGACCUAUAGACACCUGGACCAACCUGGAGAGAACACAACAUUAUAUCAGGACCUAUAGACACCUGGACCAACCUGGAGAGAACACAACAAGAUGAGGAUCCUGCUGAUAGUCAUCCUCCUCUCCUUCAUGACAGGUUGUUUGAGCUCCUUCACAGUGACAGGAUACUCUGGAGGAACUGUCAUCAUCUACUGUCAUUAUUCAACAGAAGACAGAAGUUGUGAGAAAUAUUUCUGCUUGGGGCAGAACAGUUUGAGUUGUGAGGAUCAAAUCAUAACUGGAUUGAAGAACACCUGGCAGCACCGUGGUAGAUUCUCUCUGUAUGACAACACUGGAGGAAACUACUUCAAGGUGAUCAUCAGACAACUGACCAGACAAGAUGAAGGGACCUACUGGUGUGGAGUGGACAAACCUACUCUACCUGACAGUUAUACCAAGGUAGAGCUGGAUGUGAAGAAUGAUGACUGCUGUGAGAAGUCAGUCACAGAGACUGCCUUUCUGGGAGGAGAAGCUACCAUCAGAUGCAACUAUCCAGAGGACCAUGAGGACGACAUCAAGUAUUUCUGCAAAGAAGACAGUGAAUCUGACUGUGAAAACAAGAUAUCAGAUACAUAUCAUGAAAAACCUAGAAGAUAUUCUCUUUCUAAGAGAAGAAGAAAGAGAUUCUACACAGUGACCAUCAGUGACCUGACUGAAGAUGAUACUGGGACCUACUGGUGUGGAGUAGAAACCAGCAGGACAGAACAACGUUACAUUACACUGAUCACACAGGUGAAGCUGCGUGUUAUAAUGAUCUCCAGGUCUCCUGCAACACCGUCCUCACCAACCUCUUCAUCCACCCCAGGGACCUCCACUUACCCUGUUCCCUCAUCUAUCUCCCCUUCAUCAUCCACAUCAUCAUCAUCAAUCCCAAUGGCAUUUGUAAUGAUCAUGGUGUCUGUGAGUCUGGCUGUGUUGGUGUUAACUGUCAUCGUGUUCACCGUCUACAGAUGGAAAUGUAACAAGGUGCAAGGGCCGGCUUCCUCCAGCAGACAGACCUCUAGCAGACCAAACACCCACCCAGGAAACAGUGAGGAGGGGGACCAGGACUAUGAGAAUGACCCUGCUACAGACACCAUGGUUUAUAUAGGAACAGAUGAUGCUGUCUACCAAACCCUGAACCCCAACACUGCAAUCCAAGAUUCAACUUAUCAAACCCUGAACCCCAACGCUGUAAACCAAGAUUCAACUUACCAAACCCUGAACACCAACGCUGUAAACCAAGAUUCAACUUACCAAACCCUGAACCCCAACACUGUAAACCAAGAUUCAACUUACCAAACCCUGAACCCAAACACUGUAGACUAAGAUUCAACUUACCAAACCCUGAACCCCAACACUGUAAACCAAGAUUCAACUUACCAAACCCUGAACCCCAACACUGUAAACUAAGAUUCAACUUACCAAACCCUGAACCCCAACACUGCAAACCAAGAUUCAACUUACUACACCCUGAACACAAACACUUUGAACCAAGAUUCAACACACCAAACCCUGAACCCCAACACCAUAAUCAUUACCAUAAGACAGUAUCCAAGAUUCAACAUACCAAGCCCUGAACCAGAAGACUGCAAACCAAGUUUAAAUGUACCAAUCCCUGGAACUGCAAACAAAGACUGGAUUUAAGGACUAAUUUGCAGUGUUUGAAGUGGAAGUGGUUCUAUUGCCUCCAAUAGACAGACUUUGUUUUCCCUGCGCAUGUGAACCCCCCAUCCAAAAGGUCAAUGUCUGACACCUGCUGUAGUAUAGGCUUCAAGCACUUUCUUUUACCAAAUAAAAAGUGACCUAAUAUUGGUUAUUUUUACCGUCCAAUAUCACUGGUGAACAUGUAUAUGAAAUGUAGACUCAGAGAAAUGACGUUGCCACGAGCAGCACCAGAGAUAUUGUGAUGAGCAAGAUGGUAGACUUCGCUCUCACACAGGUUCAUGCGCAUGUGCACAGGUUCGCUUCAUGCUGUUACAGCGUGAUAGGUUUUGGACCAAAAGAGCAGAGAAGUCUACCCUCACGUUUCAACGCGCUUAGUUGUUGCGGAAAUUGACAGACUAUGUGUCAGGCCCUGACCUUUGUAUUCUUUGUUUUCUUUAUUAUUUUGGUUAGGUCAGAGUGUGACAUGGGUGAUAUUUGUGUUUUUGUUCCUGUCUAGGUGUUAUGUAUGUCUAUGGUUGCCUAGAUUGGUUCUCAAUUAGAGGCAGCUGUUUAUCGUUGUCUCUGAUUGGGAACCAUAUUUAGGCAGCCAUAUUCUUUGGGUAUUUUGUGUGUUAUUGUCUAUGUGUUAGUUGCCUGUGUCUGCACUAUAUAUUUAGCUUCAGUUUCUCAGUCACUUUGGAUUUUCUUUUUUCCUUGUUUUGGAAGAGAACGUGAGCCGGGUGCGCCAUUCUCCUUGCGGAGAUGGUGCAAAAUCCACCAACGCGGUCAGUCCCUGGGAUUGGGCUGGCCAACACGAUUCGGUUUGCUUGGAAGGAAAAGGAGUUGGAGCCUUUAGGACGGGAAACUUUUGGAAGGACAAUAUUGAUGGGGCUUCUAAAGCUGACGGUGAAGGACGUGUUAUGCUUCCAAGGCAACUCGUUGGGAGGGAGCAUACGAAGUGGCACUACAUACAGAGGAGAAACACGAUGAUAUCCUGAGAAGGGCAAGAGCAGUGGGAGGUGAAAGGCCGAUGUGCCACUAUGAAAUAACAGGGACAUGGUGGCUACCACCAUCCUCCUGCUAUGUUCUCCCUGGAGGCUGACAGGGGGACGUUGUUUUAUACACGUCAGCCCCCAUUCUGCAGGCGCUGAAUGGCCUACGGCCACAUCCUCGCCUCGUGCAGCACAAGAAAGUGCAGAUUUUGUGGAUCUGGGGAGCACGAGGCGAAGGAUUGUGACGAGCCUAAGGCGUGCCAUGGGUGUGGCUCGUCAGCACACCUGUGGCGGGGGUGCCCAGCUCGUCAGAGGUCAUACACGUCUGUGGCUGGGGGGAGCAGGAGCGGGGGAUGGGGGAAGAAGAGGAGGG